UUGGCGAAGAAAGGAACAGCUGGCAGUUAUGGCGGAUCCUGGAAAGAUGGAAGAAGGGCUAGCUCAUGCAGAAGUUGCUCCUGACCAAGAACGUAAAGAUAAGCGUGAUGGAAAGGUGGAGAAAGAGGAGGGUGUAGCAGCAGAUCGUAUUGGAAAUGAUAAAGAAGAGAGGGCGGCUACCGCUCAAGUUGAACAACAAAACUUGGAGGAGCAACCACUAGUCAAGCAAAAGACCAAGAGGGUUGCCACCUUGGAUGCAUUUAGAGGGCUCACCGUCGCGCUGAUGAUAUUAGUAGAUGAUGCUGGGGGAGCAUAUCCGAGGAUUGAUCACUCACCCUGGAAUGGCUGCACGCUAGCUGACUUUGUGAUGCCAUUUUUUCUCUUCAUUGUCGGGGUAGCAAUAGCCCUAGCUCUCAAGAAAAUUCCAAAGAUCAAGGAUGCAAUUAAGAAGAUAAGCUUAAGAACCCUGAAGCUUCUCUUUUGGGGAGUUUUGUUGCAAGGUGGAUACUCCCAUGCGCCUGGUGAUCUUGUCUAUGGAGUUGACAUGAAACAAAUCCGAUGGUGUGGCAUCCUCCAGAGAAUAGCAUUGGUUUACUUCAUUGUAGCCAUGAUAGAGACACUGACUAGAAAGCACAGACCAACAGUUUUGGAACCUGGACGUUUAUCAAUUUUUACUGCAUACCGCUGGCAAUGGAUUGGAGGAUCCGUUGCUUUUGUCGUUUACAUGAUCACAACGUAUUCACUAUACGUCCCAGAUUGGAGUUUUGAGGUAGACAAUGGCGAUGAAGCAACGAGAUACACGGUCAAAUGUGGGAUGAGAGGACACCUAGGACCUGCUUGCAAUGCUGUUGGUUAUGUGGAUCGAGAGGUUUGGGGCAUUAAUCAUCUCUACUCAAGUCCUGUCUGGCAACGCCUAAAGGCUUGCACUCUUAGUUCUCCAGGUUCUGGUCCUUUCCGUGAAAAUGCCCCAAGCUGGUGCCGUGCUCCAUUUGAACCAGAAGGCUUACUAAGUUCAAUUUUGGCUAUCCUCUCCGGCACCAUUGGGAUCCAUUGUGGACAUGUUUUAAUUCAUUUCAAGGGUCACUCUGAGAGGCUCAAGCAAUGGGUCUCGAUGGCGUUGGGCUUAAUUAUUGUAGCCAUUAUUCUUCAUUUUACGGACGCUAUUCCCAUCAACAAGCAGCUUUACAGUUUCAGCUAUGUGUGUUUCACAGCCGGUGCAGCAGGAAUUGUUUUCUCUGCAUUCUACGUCCUGAUUGAUGUAUGGGGAUUCAGGACACCAUUUUUGUUCCUGGAAUGGAUAGGAAUGAAUGCAAUGCUGGUAUAUGUGCUUGGGGCACAAGGCAUCCUUGCAGCAUUUGUAAAUGGAUGGUAUUAUGAGUCCAGCAACAACACCCUUGUCUAUUGGAUCCAAAAACACGUCUUCAUAAAUGUUUGGCACUCGGAGAGGCUAGGGACCCUUUUAUAUGUAAUAUUUGCAGAAAUUGCUUUCUACGGAGUCCUUUCAGGCAUCUUGCACAAAUUGGGUAUAUAUUGGAAGCUAUAAGAGUCAACAUUGCUACAGAAUAUAGGAAGGACUAGAUAAUGUGUAAUACUUGAUUUACAAAUUGUACAUUAGAUUUUUAAACAUUUCUCUUUCUUUCUUUCUCCCUCUGUAAACCUUGUUUGCUUGUUCAAAUUUUCACCUGCUUGCUAAUAAUAGUUAA